UACAUUAACAUGACAAUUUUGCAAGGUGUACGCAUUAACUUGCCAUGCAACAGAUCAAUGCUGCCACAUGACUUCUCUCAAACAAGAUUCCCCGUCCCACCACCCUAUAUAAGCACUUAUGACCCCUCACUCUCUUCCCAUCUCCUUCGCUUUGAAGUUUUAUCCAUCUACUUCUAAGUCAUGGCUCACACUAAGUCCAUACUUACCUUUGUGCUCUUAUCUCUACUUGUUUGUGCUUUUGCUGAUAGGCGUCAGUCUCAGAGGAGGCUAAGUGAUGCUCAACAAUGCCGGAUGAAUCGGAUAUCGGGAAUCCGCCCGACUCGGGUUAUUCGAUCUGAGGGCGGCAUUACUGAGCUCUGGGAUGAGGACAGGGAUGAGUUCCAAUGUGCGGGUGUUGCCGCGACUCGGAACACCCUUAAUCCCAAUUCUCUCUACCUGCCCAGCUUCUCCUCUGCUCCUCAGAUAGUUUACAUUGAACGAGGUCCUUUUGUCUCCCAUUCCUCUUUAUAUAUAUAUAUAUAUAUAUUUUCUCUUGAAACUUGUCCCAAGAAGUCCAAACAAGCUAAUAUAGCCAGCCUUUUCUUGACAGGUAGAGGCAUAAUUGGAUUAUCAGCCCCAGGCUGCUCAGAAUCAUUCCACAGCGGCGAGAGUGGCUCAAUCCAACACCGGAAGAUACGUGGCCAAGGCUUCAGAGACCAACACCAGAAGGUUCAACGUAUAGAACGGGGAGAUGUCAUUGCCAUUCCGCCGGGCAUAACACACUGGUGCUACAACGACGACAACUCUGAGGAGCUCGUUGCCUUUACUGUCACCGAUGUCACGAGCGACUACAACCAGCUUGACACCAAACAAAGGCAAUUUUUUAUAGCUGGUGGGCAACCUAGGGGCCAAAGGAAGCAGGGAGAGGGAGAGCGGGGGCAAAAAGGGAGGCAGGAGGGAGAAUAUGGAGAGGAAGAACAGAGAGGAGAACAAGGUAAAGAGAAAUUGAUACAGACAAUCCUGCCACAGAUCGACACGAGGUUCCUAGCCGAAGCCCUCGACAUUCCCAUAGAGUUGGCACAGAAGAUACAGAGGGAGGAUGAGAGGGGCAUCAUCAUUAAGGUCGAGAAGGAGGGGUUGAGAAUUCUGUCCCCCGAGGGCGAGGAGAGAGAAGAGGAGAGAGAAAGAGAGACGGGCCCGAGAGCUAAUGUUAUUGGGGUUGGCGAGAGGUACUGCAAUGCGAAGAUUAGGCAAAACAUAGAGUCACUGAGAGAAGCUGACAUUUACUCACGCCAUGGUGGCCAUCUCAAGACCAUCAACCGCAGGAACUUGCCUAUACUGGACAUCUUGGACAUGAGUGCUGCGAAAGUAACCUUGUACUCGGAUGCCAUCUUGGCCCCACAUUGGUCGAUAAACGCUCACACGAUCGCCUACAUCACCCGUGGCGAGGGCCAGAUCCAAAUUAUCGGCACCAACGGCCAGAAGGUGAUGGAUGACAGGGUCCGACAAGGUGAUGUGAUCAUUGUCCCUCAGUUCUUCACAUCUAUGUGCAAGGCCGGAAGCCAAGGAAUCGAGUGGAUCGCCAUCAAGACCUCAGACCUCCCCAUGAACAGCCCACUUGUGGGUUACACUUCAGCUAUCAAGGGGAUGCCCAUUGAAGUGCUCACCAAUGCUUAUAGAAUCUCAAACCAGCAGGCACAAGAUAUCAAAUAUAACAGGGAGGAUCAGAUCAUGAUCUUCCCCUCUUCCUCCCGCUCUGCCUCCUCUUGAAGAGCAAGUUUUGGCUUCAGCUUCUUAUAUAGACGCAUAUACACAUAUGUGUGCAUAAAUAAGAGAGAGAUGUAACUCAGUGUCUUCUUUCCAAGACUACUCAAUAAAACAUGCUUCUGUUCUGUUCCAUGUGUCUAAUUUGUUCUCUUUCUUUUGUUGGCUAUGAUUUUUAUUGCUCUCCCUCUUGUUUGGCAAAGACUGGUAUGCUAGCUAUGGGGGUUAGUUGCAUUUGGUGCCCUCAUCUGAUAUGUGGCAUUCUCUUUCGUGGGUAGUUUUGGAUAUGAACUUUGAUGGUGUUCGAGAAUAUGGUUUUCAAAUACUGACGAAAGCUGACCAGCCUAAGCAAGCUAACUUGCAGAUGAAAAUCAGAAGAGAAGAGGGUGGGGAGUUGUUAAGGCAAGAUUUCAUUCCCAUAUCCACCUACCCUCUUAUAAUAUUGUAAGCAUUUACCUCACUCAGACUGCACAAGUAGAGUUUCUCAGAUUUAAAGAAGAGUAAAACAAAACUUCUCUCUCAGAACCCUGAUAUCAGAAAUCAUGCACUCUCACUCCACAUAAACCCAGGAUCUUCAACCACAAAUCAAAUGCUUAUUUCUGCGAUCGAAACACGAUCACAUCAUGCCACACUUCGACUUCGGGCACAACUCUGCAAAUUUGCAUUUAGGACCUUCAAGCCUAAUCUCCUCCAGUGCCGAUCUUUCUUUCCCUCUCUCUUCCUUCAUAUUGAAUAGAGCCACUAAGACAUGCCAGGUCCAAAAUAUAACAUAGCAGUAAGUCCUCAAGCUCUGAAUUUCCCAUAUGAUGAGCAAAACAGGAGCCACUCUGAUUCUCUUCUCUCUAGGUUCUCAUGGAUCACUAUCUUGAAAUUUAGAGAAAUGGGGUCCAUAUAAAAUCCAUUAUAUCAUUUAAAACGUCAUUUCAAGUGCUCGAGUGAUCCCCAAUUUGAAG